AUGGACAAAGCAUUUGACGAAAUUAUUGGAAAUAAUAACACAGACAGCUCAUCUAACCACAAGGUAACGAGAUACCGUAGAAGAGAUUUAAGAAAUGAAUUGGGACCUAGACUGGGAUUCGCGCCUUCAGAUCCUGCAGUAAGGUCGAAAGAUCGCCUCUAUCGAGAGAAGGAAGAGCCUCCUUUGCCCAAGAGAAUUAGAAUAUCCAAGAUUCCAUUAGAUGUUUCCGAUUACACUCUUGAUGAUAUGAUUAAAGACUUUGGCUCACCAAUAUUUUCAAAAAUCUUUGACAGUAAAGAUGAUCGUACAUGUAUUUACGAAUUUGAAGACCCAGAAGUUAUGGAUAAGAUUGUCGAGCGUUAUAAUGGUCAUGAGUUACAUAACGCAAAAAUUGAAGUGGAAAUUUACCAACCACAAAGAAAGCAUUCUAGAAUGAAUGCACACAACCGCCGCAAGCAAGCUGUUCAAGAACACGGGAGAGGCAGGCCAGGGAGCCAUUAUCGCCAAAAGCCCAACAGAGUCUCUAAAAAGAACAAGGGCCGUGAAAAUAAUACUUCUACUUCUGUCGAAGCUCUUGACGCUGAAUUAGAUGCUUACAUGAAAGGUUAA